AUGAUCGCCCGCAAGAACCGUGUGAUGUUGCAGGAGACGCAGGCGGAAUGUCCUCCAACCGACCCUUCUUCACGCUUCACCAAAAUAUCAGCCGACAGCCUGCGCAACUUCCACUUCAAGCACGGAGCACAAGCCAUCCCUCCAAUCCACCUCAUAGAGAGGCACUACAUCAGCACCCUGAGAUCGGGGUUCGAGGGGCUUCAAAGCAAUCAUUGCUGGAUCGUCAAGACCUGGAGGAGAAGGAUCGCGCUCAAGUUUGUAGAGCAGAGUCUGACGGGCCAGGCUGCGUUCUGGAGGUUGAGAUAUAAAAUGAUACAAAAGAAGAUAGACAAGUACGUGAUCUUCGUCAGCGAGAGGCUCGGGAAGGGGUCCUUCGCGGAGGUGUUCAAGGGCAAGCUGGCGGAGGGCAGCCAGGUGUUCGCUAUCAAGGUCAUUGAGAAGAAGCUGCUCAAGCAGGAUGAGUACCUUCGUUACGCCCUCUUCAACGAAAUCAGUAUCAUGAAGAAGGUCAAGAGCGAGAACAUCGUCCACUUGGAGGAGGUGCUCGAGACCUCCAACAACUACUACAUCAUCCAGGAGUACUGCGAUGGCGGGGAGUUGCGCACCCUGCUCAAGAAGCACGGCAGGUUUUAUGAGAAGGAGGCUCGGGAGAUGCUCAGGCACAUUCUGGCGGGGUUCCAGCCUCUGCUCAAGUUCGGGAUCAUCCACCGCGACCUCAAGCCCGAGAACAUUCUCAUCCACCAAGAUGUGCUCAAGAUUGCAGAUUUCGGGUUCGCCAAGAACCUGCACAACUUCAAAAACCAGAUGCUCACCUCUGCAGUCGGCACCCCGCUGUACAUGUCCCCUCAGAUCCUCCGCGAGGAGUCGUACACUUCAAAAAGUGAUGUCUGGUCGAUCGGCCUGAUCCUCUGCGAGCUGCUGCACGGGGUGCAUCCUUACCUCGCCCGCUCCGAGAAGGAACUUCUGAAGAAGAUCGGCAGGGCGCCGGCGCUGGACCCGACCCUAAGCGAGGCGUGUAAGGGGUUCAUCCUGGGCUGCCUGCGCCCUCGCUAGGAAGAGCGGUUUUCCUGGGACCAGGUGUACCGACACCCCUUCGUCUCGUAGUUCUUCAAAGCCUACAUCGAGGAGGAGAACAAGCUGGAGGACCGGGCGCAGUUCAUCAUCAACAAGCUGCGGGUGAAGGUGCUGGAGAACAACCUGGACUUGGAGGAGCUGUUCAAGUUCAUCGACAGCAGCAAGGACGGCACGCUGUCCAAGAAGGAGCUGUACAAGCUGCUGAUGAGCAUCGACCGGGGCAUCACCAAGGACGAGGUCGUCUACAUCUUCAACAAGUUUGACAACGACGGCAACGGGUCCAUCGAGUUCGAGGAGUUCCGGGAGUGA